AUGGAGGGCUUAGUGCUGACUGUACUGCUUCUCUGUGCUGUGCUCCUACCAGGAUCAGCAAUCAUCAGGAUACCUCUGACAAAGUUCCCUUCUAUACGGAGAACAUUUACUGAGUCUGGUGGGGAUCUGAAGAAUCUGAUUGGAGAAGAAGGCUACAACAAAUUCUACCCUGGAUUUCCACCAAAUGGGGGUCCCACACCAGAGACUCUGAAGAAUUAUCUGGAUGCUCAGUACUAUGGUGAGAUUGGCAUUGGAACGCCUUCACAGACAUUCACAGUAGUGUUUGAUACAGGAUCAUCUAACCUUUGGGUGCCUUCCAUCCACUGCUCCUUGCUGGACAUUGCCUGCUUAUUACACCACAAAUAUGAUUCUUCCAAAUCUUCCACCUAUGUAAAGAACGGUACAGAAUUCUCCAUUCAGUAUGGCAGCGGGAGCUUGUCUGGGUACCUGAGUCAGGACACUGUGACGCCUCCUAAUAUUUCUCAGAUUGGCAACCUUGCCGUGAAAGGACAGCUCUUUGGGGAAGCCAUCAAGCAGCCUGGUGUUACGUUUAUUGCAGCCAAAUUUGAUGGGAUAUUGGGCAUGGCAUACCCUCGAAUCUCUGUUGAUGGUGUUCCCCCCGUGUUUGACAAUAUCAUGCAACAGAAGCUGAUCGAAAACGACCUAUUCUCCUUCUACUUAAAUAGGAAUCCAGAAUCUCAGCCCGGUGGUGAGCUUUUACUUGGAGGCACAGAUCCUAAAUAUUACACUGGAAAAUUUAACUACCUCAAUAUCACCCGCAAAGCAUAUUGGGAAAUUCAUAUGGACCAGAUUGAUGUUGGUAAGCAACUCGCUCUAUGUAAAGGAGGCUGUGCAGCCAUUGUUGACACUGGAACCUCACUGAUCACUGGCCCAAAGGAUGAAGUGGUUGCACUGCAGAAAGCCAUUGGAGCUACGCCUCUAACUCAGGGAGAGUAUAUGGUCCAGUGUGAUCAGGUGCCUUCUUUGCCUGUUAUUACUUUGACACUUGGUGGAAAAGCAUACACCCUGACCGGGGAACAGUAUACUAUGAAGGUACAACAGGGAUCCCAAUCCAUUUGUGUGAGUGGAUUUAUGGUCUUGAUAUUCCCCCUCCAGCCGGACCCCUGUGGAUUCUAGGAGAUGUGUUCAUCGGCCAAUAUUAUACCGUUUUUGACCGGGCUAAUGACCGUGUGGGCUUUGCCAAGGCCAAAUGA